AAAAUUAAUAAAAUUUGGAACGCUAGGAAAUUGGGACUAUAAAUAUAUCAGAAGUAGACGGAAGAGCAAGUGUGAUUUUAAACCCCGAACCUUCCUCUCGACGUUCUACCGAUAGUAUCUUUUAUUAGCACAUAUCAUCUGAUAAUGGAAGAAGUGCAGUGGAUAGUCGGUCGAUGGAUAUUAAUCGACGACUGAGGAAAUUCACAUGGAGGAUCGAGAAUUUCUCGAGUAUUGAAGACAAGAAGCUCUACUCCAACAAUUUCGAUGUCGGUGACACUAGAUGGCGACUUCUUAUCUUUCCCAAGGGGAACCGUGCGGAUUAUUUAUCAAUUUAUGUAGACGUUGCAGAUUCAGCAACUUUGCCUUGCGGAUGGAGUAGGUAUGCACAAUUCAGAUUAGCUGUCGUCAACCAAAUUGAUCGUAAAAGUUCUAUUACAAAAGUCGCUCGGCAUGAGUUUAACGCAAAGGAGAAUGAUCGGGGCUUCACUAGAUUCUUACCUCUCAGUGAAUUGCACGACCCUAAGAAAGGCUACCUAAUGGAUGAUGCAUGCUUAGUUGAAGCCGACAUUUCGACUGAUGGGACUAUUGAUUGGGAGUCGCAUGAAUUUAUAGUUGAAGCUCGUUCCGAUGAACUCAAGUGUAUGGAAGCUGAUUGUGGUAAGGCAGAAAUAGACAGCCAGAAAACUUUAGUAACAAAACCAGAAGAAACCACAACUCCUUCACCAGCUAUUCUUGCAGCUCCUAUUGUCGCAUCUUCUCCAGGGCAAGAUAAGGCAAAUUCUACCGGCCAAAACUUGCCAACUGCUCAGUCUUCUUCCCAGAGUGAGACCAUUGAACCUGAAGACCCUAGUGGGAAAGAUAUGGACUCAUUCUUUACUAGCUUAGAGUCUAAGCUUGCACUCUCUAACACUGUUUCUUCUGAAGAAGAAGCAAAGGAAGCUCUGGCCAAAAUAGAGAAAGCCUUGAAUAUGGACCCUGCUAAUUUUUAUGAUUCAGGGGAGUUUUCUCCACUUAAUCAAGCAUUCAAGAUCCUAUCUAAUUUUGAUUGUUCAUCUACUCUUACAAUUGAGCAAAAAAAUCAGUUGUUGGCCAUGGAGGAAAACUUUAAAGAACUACCUGACCGAGCAGCAAAAGCGGUGCAGGACAAGAAUCUCGUUACUGAGAAGGAAUCUGUCAAGCUGACCCUUACUCGUAAUUUGGAGCGUAGUGUAAUCAAAUUCAAAGAGGCCAAGGCGGAGGUGAAACAAGUGGAGCAAAAAAUUGCUGCCCUCCAUGAGCAAGUUGAUGAGGCACAAAAGAAGAGGGAGAAUAUCUUGGCUGAGCUGAAGCAAAUUUUUAAAAUUUCCAAGGAAUUGAAAAUGGAGCUGGAAGCACUGGAAAAGCAAUGGCCAGAGUAUGAGGCCAAGGCCAAGCUUGCUGAGGAGGAGGAGAAGACUGUUGAGGCAGAAUGGGGUAGAAUGAAAGAUUUCAUUUCUUCUAUGUGCAGCUUUGCUACUACUGCUCCUGGUACAACCAAUUAUUUGUCAGAUAAAACUGAUAAGGAGAACACUCUGAACGGGAUCUUCAGGAUAUCUGAAAUAUCCUGUCCUGUAUCCACUUCGACAUCAGCUGGAAGCAUCUUCAAGUUUGGUGCCUCGGAAAACGGUUCUACUUUGAAUAAUGGGUCAGUUGCUUCAAGUCCUUUUUCUUUCUCUUCGCUCAUGCCAUCUCUAGUCUCCAAUAAUGGUCAAUGUUCAUCCAGUAGCUCUACCAACUAUAUGUCCUUCACCACCAAUAGUGACACUUUAGCUGCUGCCACCACUUCCACAAAUUCCAAUGUCAAUGCCGCUAGUACUACCGCCUCUACGGAGGCCUCAGUCUCUUCCUUUACAGCUGCAACUGUUUUCAAAUUUGCAUCAUCUGGGGACCCAUCAGCUUCAGUUUCAACAUUAUCAGCAACUUCAGGAGAAGCAACUGAAGCUAAGACCCAGGAUACAAGCUCCGGCAAUGUACCCAUUAUUCCUUUUGGUAGUACAUCCGCUUUUCCUACCUCUGGAAGUAAUAUUAUUUGUGGUACAUCUGCAGUUACAGGCACUGUGAGCAGCACUUCUGGUUGUACAACAGCUGUAGUCACAAGCUUUGGAAACAGCAGUUUCAGUGGUACAUCGUCCAAUAUCACAAACUCCAGAAGUGGCUUCGUCAGCAGCACAUUUUCCACAGGGACAAACCCGGGCAAUGGUAUCUUUAGUGGUACAUCUGCAACUACGGACACAGGCAGUAGUGUUUUUGGUGGUACAUCUUUGUCAAUAGCUAGUACAGGAAGUAGUAUCUUUUCCUCUAUACCUGCAAUCACAAGCACAGGAAGCAACCUUUUUUUGUUGCAGCGUCCCCAUCAGUAGCAAGUUCUUUCCAAUUUGGAGGCCAACCAAGCGUAGUCACACGGCCCAUACCACCUAAUCCAUCUCCUUUUGAGGCUUCUGGUAGUCUGGAAUUUGGUGCUGGAGGGAGCUUCUCAUUGGGCAGCGGUGGCCGUUACAAGUCUGCUAUAAAAUAUGUGAGGGUCCGCAGGCAACGGAAGAAGUAAAAAGGUCUGGUUACGAUGGGGAACUGUUUCAUGUGGGAGAUUCUUGUGAUUGAUUGAAUAAUUAUUAAAGGGAGAGGAGAACACCGGCUGAUUGUCGCUUUAUGUGGUAGCCAUCUGAAAUUGUUUAGUACCGGCAGAAGGAUUGACUCGUCACUUCGAACUUGAAAAUUGGUGCUGAUUAUGCUUGGUCAUUUACAGUUUUCCUAUUUUCUUUGCGUUGCUGGCAGAAGCUUGUCACAAAUUUGUAUGCACUUUCCUAGUAACAUUUGAGAAAAGAAUUGUACUGUACGAGUAUAAUUAGCUGAUAGAAUUUCAGGUUUGAACAAUUGUGCUUUUGACCCUGUACUGUUCACCCUUGUCAUUUGUAACAUUAAAAAAAAAAAAAGAAACAAUGAAAAUGGUUAUGAAUAUCACUUUUAGAGAGAACAUCUUGACCUCCUCUUCAGGAAAUAUCAUGAAUGAAAUUAUG